AUGCAAGAAUUCAACAAUUGUUUGCGUAAAGCUGAAAUUGGGUCUGACGAAAUAGGUUUAGCUUAUGCAAAUCGAUCAGCAUGCUUCUUUAAAAUGGGCAUGCUUCAAGAGUGUUUGAUGGACAUCGAAAUGGCGAAAAAAUUCAACUAUCCAUCACAUUUGAUGCACGCAUUGAACGCACGUGUUUCAAAGUGUAAACGUCUAUUGGACGAAGGACAAAUCAACGCAAAUCUAUGUAAAGUUCGAGAGCCAGUAUUAAGUUUUAACGAGCAUGAAGAAUAUCCCGGUGUCGCUGAUUGUUUGGAAAUCCGACAAAACGAUAAAUUCGGUCGACACAUCAUCACCACGUGCGAUCUCCAAAUAGGUCAGACGAUUUUGGUGGAGGAACCAUUUUCGAUUGCGAGAGACUCAAGAGUAGACUGUGAUCGUUGCCUUGGCUGUUUUAAAUAUGCCCAGAAUUUCAUCGCAUGCAACAAUUGCGUGGGCCGUUGCUUGCAUUGCAAUGAAGAUUGCAUGACCAAUUCAUUUCAUCACAUUGUUUGCAACAGUCUAAUCGCUGAGGAGUAUGAAGAAAAAAUUGAAUUAAUUGUAAAAACUAUUUUCAGUGCAAUUGUGGCAUUUUCUGAUAUCGAUCGCUUGAUGCAUACGGUCGAAUUACUACUAGAUGGUAAAGGCACAUCGGACUUAACGAAUGCCCAUUUAAUUCUACAUUUUGUCCACGUGGUUGUGAAUCAAGUCAGUUUGAAUGAAUACGUAAAAUUAGAGACCGGAUCGCGAAUGGAUUUUGGCUUCUUCCUCCCGUAUGCGCACGGAAUGUAUCCAUUUGGAUGUUACAUGAAUCAUUCGUGCCUUCCAAACGUCUGCAGUAUGUCAGUUGAUAAUCGUCUCAUCUGUAAAGUGAUUCGACCCAUUAAAAAAGGCCAACAGAUUUUUCGCUCCUAUCUGAAUCCGAGUAAUCUGAAUUAUAUAAAUCCCCUUACUGAUCGUAAAUUGGAUGUAGAGAAACAAUUGCAUAUGAAAUGUGAAUGUAACCUGUGUUCGGGUGAUGCUUGGACGAUGCUUCAUGACAAGAGCCUCAAACAAAGCCCAUUCUGGAAAGAUGCUACAGCAGCAGCCAAUAUGACGGAGAAAGCAUUUCGAGCUCUAUCCAAUGAAACGAAGGAGUAUUAUGAAAAUAGAACAAUUAAAUUCCUGGAGAUGUAUGACCGAUUUCAUCCACUCAACGACACCUUGUGCGUACAAUGGGCUCUUAUUGUCAUGUGGAACGUAUUAGCAACACACUUUUGA